AUGAUUAAAUCAACAAUGACAAACCACGAUCUUAAUCAUAAUGCUAUAAUUAAUUUGAUCUCAACAGCAUGCAGAUACAAUGAUAAGUAUAUUGUUUCAUAUUUCCAGCUUUUUGAACAAUUUUGCGAAGAAAAUUCACUAAACAAGUUUGAAUUUUGCAUUUCUGGUAAUUUAGAGGAUCUUUUACGUGAUACAUAUCACUUUGGAAGUAAAUUACGAUAUAACGAUCCAAAAAAUGAAGAUCAAAAUAAAUUAUUCAUAAAAGAUGAUGUAGAAGAACUAAAAUUAUAUCUUAAAGAUCAUGGAAAUGAUUUACAAAGCAUUUUUAAUGAUUGUUGUUCAUUUGGUGCCAUCAAUUGCUUUAAUUACUUAAAAAAUUUCGAAAUUAAUUUCGAUAGUGAAACAUUAGAAUGCGCAAUAUUAGGAAGGAAUAAAACUAUUAUUGAUGAUGUAUUGAACCGUAAUGUUGAUAUUACAAAUGAAGCAAUAUCAAAUGCAAUUUACAUCCAUGAUAAAAAUUUGACAAAAAUUUUGACAGAAAAAUCACAUCAAAAAAUUGCAUACAAAGAUUGCGCUCUUAACUUUAAUUUAGAGCUGUUUCUCUUGGAAAUGAUGAACACUGAUAUAAGAGAAUCAAUUAAGUACUUGUCUGUUUAUGGUUUGAUUGAUUUAAUUGAUGAUAUUUUGUCAUUUUUUGACGACAAAAAUGAAAUUAAAAAUGAAAUAAAUGAAGCUUAUUUAGAAUCAAUAACUAUGAAUUAUGUUGACAUUGUUAAGCACUUAAUUGAUAAUUAUGGUGUUGAUAUGUAUUUCCAGAAUGAUUAUGAAACUGCUCUUGUUAAUGCAGCAUUUGGAUAUUCAUUUGAUUGUUUAAAGUUUUUGAUAGAAAUUGGUUAUGACGUUACAGAUGAAAGAUCUAAAUGUGAUGAAGCAGUUAAAACUUGUAUCAAUGUUAAUGAUAUCGAAGUAUUAAAAAUCCUGGUUGAUAAAGGCGUUAAAAUAAAGUCUGAUGUCAAUAAGACACCUCUUAUUGAUGCAGUUUGUUGUAUGUCAUAUGAAUGUGUUGAAUUCUUCGUUGAACUUGGAUUAGACUUAAAUGAAGUAGAUGAUGAAGGACAAACUGCUUUGGAUAUGGCAAAACUAAAUGAGUCUCCUGCAAUUUGUGAAUAUUUAUUGUCAAAAGGAGCUAAAUGUAAAAAUUAA